AUGCCUGCCCCCUCUGCCCCUGCGCCAGCCCCAGCUGCACAGGUGUCCCAGUGGCACCACUACCUGCAGGCCAUCCGGUCACGAGAGGCGCCCCGAGCCCAGGACUACCAGCGCGCAGAGAAUGUGCUGCUCACGGUGCUGGAGCGCGUGCACGCCCUGGACCCCCGCUUCGUAGUGGACUACUCCCAUGACCUGGAGGCCUUCCAGUUUGCUCUGCGCUCCUCGGAGGACCCGCUGGACAUAGAAGUGCCCCUGGGGGUGGAUGCCGAAGCUCUCCUGCUUGAGGAGCCAGGGCCCACCGAGCCAGGGGACGGCCCUGCGUCCUGCCGCCUGGGCAUCCUCAGGGAAGGGGCUGGCCUAGAGCGCUGGACCACUGAUGAUGUCUUCAGCGCCUCCUCAGAAGGCAGCACCCAGUGCUGUGGUCACAUAGAGCCCAGCAAGGUCUUGCAUGUCCUCAAGGACUUACUGGUGGCGGCCAUCGUGCACUGCAAGCACCACAGCCUCAUCACACCAGGUUCACUAAAUGCGGCCAGCCUGAGGGAGGAGCAGCUCCACCUGGCCCUGUUGGUGUCCAGUGGCUGGAGGACAAUCCGCUUCAAUGUUGUGCCUGUGGUGAGGAGGAAGCAGAGGCUGCCUGCCCUGGAGGGGGCCCAGCUGACACCCGGAUUCCCCAAGGGCAGCUUGACAAGGAUCAUCAGCAAAGGGGUGAACUUGGUGCCAGCAAGUGCCCACCACUGGAGGACCUCCACGGACUACCUGCUCACCAAGCUGCUCAGUGCACUGGGCUCCCUCCGAGGCCACCGCCUGGACAGUCUCUCCAUCCUCGACAGGGUGAACCAUGAAAAUUGGCGAGAGGGUGGCCACAGUGCGGGCCUGACCUUCAAUCACCUGAAGACGGCACUGCUGUGGGCCUGCGUACUGUUCCCGGCACCUGAGGACUGGGCAGAGCUGCAGGGCGCCGUGUACCGUGUGCUGGUUGUGCUGCUUAGCUGCCUGGCUACCAGGAAUCUGCCCCACUUCCUCUACCCCGAGCACAACCUGCUGCAGGGUGGCGGCCUGGACCUCAGUGCCAUCUACCAGCGCGUGGAGGGCUUCGCCAGCCAGCCCGAGGCAUCCCUGCGCAUCCACGCCACCCACCUGGGCCGCAGCCCUCCACCACGCAUCACCACUGGGAUCAAGGCACUCCUGCAGCUGCCUGCCAGCGACCCUGCCUACUGGGCCACCGCCUACUUUGAUGUUCUGCUGGACAAGUUCCAGGUCUUCAACAUCCAGGAUAAGGACCGGAUCUCUGCCAUGGAGAGCAUAUUCCGGAAGACCAGGACUCUGGUUGGCGAGCAGAGCUGAGCUGGACCGUGGGGUCGCAGCCUCACAGCCUCUCUGUGCUGCACCACGGGAGCUUCCUGGAUGUUUAGAAAGGGAGUGGGCUUCUCUUGGAGGUAGGGGCAGGGAGCUUCAUCCCCCAGGACACCCUGAGACUGCCUGGGGGAUAGCCUCGGAGAGUCUCGAAGUGCCGGCCAGGCCAGGCCUCCCACAGCAGACUGAGGGCUGGGGUGAUGGCACAGCCCUUUGUGUGCUGCACAUGGGUCCAUCUGUGUGACAUGGUCAGGAGAACGGCCUUUCUACAAGAGACCCGCGGCCAGAGGAGUGGACCAUGCCCACACUCACACCACUCCUUGGUGAUGAAAGAUUGUAUAUUUGGUCUUAAAUAAAUGAAUUGGCUGGAUAUACA